GGCAUCGUCCGUCGUCCCUAGCAGUCAGACGUCGGCGUUCAUUGUCAACACCACGGUAUUACAAUAACAUCAAUCUCGAUAGAAACUUUAAACAAUGUAGAGUCUCAAACGUUGACGUAAUGUCAAGAGUACAGUGUUAAGUUACAAACGCAUACAGGAUGACAAUUGGGAAAUUGCUGAAACCAAUCGGUUGUUAUUUUUGUGUAAUAGUUUGUCUUACAUUGCGAUUCGCGGUCGUAUUUUCGUAUGCGGCAGGAUAACGUGUUCGUUACGUGAUUGUUACAAAUCAUCUCUGCAAUAUGUGUGAUCUAUAUCGAGACGCAGACUCGUUGCCACCGCCGUGUCUCACCGCAAAAUAAGAAUGUAGCGAGGCAACUCAUGUUUCACUCUUAUGUAAUCAGGUUGUCUGCGUGUGAACCAAGUAAUCCACUUUGAAGACUUUAUUGGAUAUAUUCUCUUCUCCAUUCGUUCUUCAUCAACGAAGAACAAAAAUCAUAUACAUAAGUGCGCAUAUAAAAUCUUGUAAAUGACAGCGUCUCGUUAAAACCUUAGGAGCGUCUCGGUUAAAAAUUAUUUUGAACGUUCCGGUUUUUUCUCAUUGACAAUUUUUCGACAGAGGAGGGCAAAGUUUGACGGUGCGGUGUGUUGUGUAAUCACUGGGAUCUUAAUUAACAAUUUAUUAUAAAUGCUGCACCGGAAGAGCUCGGGUAUUUGUACGUAUCGAUCACUCAUGCGAGAGACGCGUUAGUCGUGCAAGGUGAGUCACAUAAGGGAGAUCAAAUUACCGAACAAGAAGGAGCCUCGCCUGUCUAUUACCGCAGGUAGAAUUCUGCACAUUAUCUAGCCGUAUUUCUGUGCGACGAAAAUGCGCAAUAUCACGGAAAGAACGCCUCUGAGGAGAUCUGCGGAUUCGCCCGAUUACAUCGAGUUCGCCAGCUUCUUGAGGACCCGAAGAACGCGGCUCCGACAGUUCCAAUGCUGCGUCUGCGGCAUCCUGAUAGUGGUUUUCACCAUGGCUUUGGUGGUGUCCAUCAGCUAUUCUAUGAGCCAUACCAACUCCACUAAUCCCGCGAUCGACAACGCAACGUCCCCCGGCAACCUAGGUAGCACCUUGAGAUUAGGACUGGCACCUGAGUCCACCUCGCACGCGGCCUUCAGCAGUACCGCUAGUGCCACAGCCGAGCCCAAUUCCGUCCUAAUAUCUAAUGAGGACAUCGACACUCCGACGAAACAUCUCAGCCAGCUAGAAUACACGCAGGGAUUGCGAGCUGGCAAACAGGCGAUGAAGGAUCGUCUAUCCGCAGAUAUGAUCGCCGCGAAGUCACCGUUACCGUCUCCAUCCCCUGAAUCCAGGCAUCGCCACGCAGUGAGCACGUGCUCCAACGUUAGCGCUCUUGCUUUAGCAGCGGUAGGUGAAAUCGCGGCAACGAGAAUAAUCGAGAAAAUGAGGUCCAUCCAUGAUGAACCGUCGGCGAUUGAUACCUUCUUCGAUAGCGGCUGGUUACCGAAAAAUAUAUGCAAACGAUACUUCAAUCACACCUGCAAAAUCGGCAAGUACCGAACUAUCGAUGGCAGCUGCAAUCGGCCGAGAGGAUGGGGCAGCAGUAUGAUGCCUUUUCGAAGAACCUUAUCACCCGAUUACGCCGAUGGAAUCGAGUCGCCUCGAAAGGCACGAUCCGGGAAGGACUUGCCUUCUGCUAGGGAAGUCAGUCUGAAGGUGCAUAAACCUUCGGCUAGCAGCAACCCGUCCUUCACGGUGAUGCUGGCGGUGUUCGGUCAGUUUCUGGACCACGACAUCACCGCGACUGCGCUCAGUCAGGGUGUCAACGGAAGUUCGAUAGCGUGCUGCCCGCCGUUGGGAAGACAACAUCCCGAGUGUUUUCCCGUGCGAGUAAACGCCGGCGAUCCUGUGCACGAUCUGACUGGCAGGACCUGCAUGGACUUUGUGAGAUCGGCGCCGGCCCCGCGAUGCAAACUUGGUCCCAGAGAACAGCUCAAUCAGGUCAGCGCCUUCAUCGACGGCUCGGCUAUUUACGGCUCCGACAAUGAGACCGCUCGCGACCUGCGCGAGUUCACCGGUGGUCGUUUGAGGAUGCAGUUCACUCCCGACAACAGGACUCUGCUACCACCCAGCACGAAUCCCAAUGACGGUUGCAAUCGGGAAGCUGAGCGACGCCGGGGUCGCUAUUGCUUCGCCGCGGGCGACGCCAGGGCGAACGAGAAUCUACACCUGACCACGAUGCACCUUCUCUGGGCGCGACAGCACAACAGGAUCGCGAACGAAUUGGCCAAGAUCAAUCCCUCUUGGAGCGACGAGACGCUCUAUCAGGAAACGCGGCGUAUUGUCGGCGCUCAAUUGCAGCACGUCACUUAUCGCGAAUUUCUGCCCGUUAUCGUAGGCGACGAGAGAAUGAACGAGCACGACUUGGACCCCCUCGAGUCGGGCUACAAGAAACAAACGCACGAUCCGGACGAGCCGGAGAAUGAUCCGACGAUCGCCAAUCACUUCGCGGCCGCGGCAUUCCGUUUCGCUCACACCUUGCUACCGGGGUUGAUGAGAAUGACGGAUGCCGAGAAAGGCACGUCGUCCUAUAUGGAGCUGCACAAAAUGCUCUUCAAUCCGUACAGUCUCUACGCCGCCGACGGCGUCAGACGUUCGGUUACCUCGGCCACGACCAACGUUAUUCAGAGGUACUCCACGCACGUAACUUCGCAGCUGACAAGUCAUCUCUUUGAAGACCCCAUGGACAAUUCUACGGUACCAUGCGGCCUUGAUCUGGUAUCGUUGAACAUCCAACGAGGACGGGAUCAUGGAUUACCGGGAUACCCUAUGUGGCGGGAAUAUUGUGAUCUAGGAAAGGUGGGGAAUUUCAGCGACCUCGAGGGCCACCUGGACCCUCAAGUACUGGAACAGAUAUCGAUGCUCUACGAGACUGUCGACGACGUAGAUUUGUAUACCGGCGCAUUGGCGGAAAUACCGGAGUCGGACAGCUUGAUCGGGCCCACGUUUACGUGUUUAAUACUUGAUCAGUUCGCGCGUUUGCAAAAGGGAGAUCGUUUUUGGUACGAGUUUGCUGAACAACCAUAUCCUUUUACAGAAGGCCAGCUCGUGGAGAUACGCAAGAGUUCGCUGGCAAAGUUAAUAUGCGAUUGUUCUGACGCAAUCACGCACGCUCAGAUGAGAGUUAUGCGUUCUGUUGGUCCCGACAAUCCUAUAAUAUCGUGCGAAGAUAUACCAGGACCUUCCUUUGCACCGUGGAAAGAGAAUCAUGUUUCCGAUGCAUCAUCGUAGCAUUUAAAACUUUAGAAAUAAAGCGUAUAUAUGUACAGAGUAUUUAAAAAAUUAUAUAUAUUGGAUAUACUUUUAAUAAAAAAUGUAUUAAUCACUUUAGAGACAACUUUUUUAACUGUACUCGAAGAGUAUUUGUCGACUUAAAUUUCGGAAAGCCAAAUAGAUAUAAACAAAACUACAUUUUUCAGUUAAUUUCAAAUGGAGUUUAAUAUAAGAGGAGUUUGAUUGAAAACGUAAAGACAUAUAUAUAUUAUAAUGCUAGAAAUUAGAAAAUUACAAUAAAUGAUGAUGUUUGUCAGCAUUUUUGCUAGAAAAAAGUUGAUUCUAAAUUGGUUAAAAAUGUUGUUAUUAAAGAAAUAUAUAUAAUGGUUUGGGAUAUUCUGUCCCGGGAAAAAAUGGAAGAGAUCUGAACAGAUUUGAGCAGAUCUCAUCAGAUCCAAUCCACUCAGAUCUGGUUUGAUCAAAAUAUUGGCCCUAUCUGAUCAGAUCCAAUCAGACAUGAGUAGAUCUGAUCCGAUCCGGUGUCCAUCCACUGCAGAAAAUUGUUGUUUUCAAAUGUUAUUUUUUAAAUGUGUCACUUUAUUAUAAAAGUGGACUUUACAAUACAAAAGUUGUGCCAUUCCACGAUUUAUAUAACUUGGCGCAACUUAGCACGACACUGCCGUGUCUGAUACCGUUCUUAUACCACUGUUCAUCAAAUUUUAAAUACGAGAAUCAUAUUCCGUCGGAUGCCAUCUAUCGGAUACUUUGAGAUGCAACUAUGA